AUGCUCCCAUCGAACAUCGUAGAAGAUUCUUCAGUUUGGUGGCUAGGUCACUGCGAAGACAUUGCUUUCGAUGGAGGUACUGAGAAGCAGCAGGAGUCGUCUACUGGUCUACAUGUGAGAUCUGCUUUAUCAAGACUGACCGAAAAACACUUUUUGGAGAGAAUACCACCAUCUAAAAAAAAGUACGUGCCAGAAUGUGCAAAGUCGGUGCCGAUAUCGGCAAAAAAGAAACCAGCAAAAGGGGACGUAAAGAGAUGUUUACUAUUGUGCCGACUGCAACGUGCCGCUUUGUAA